UCGGAGGCACCGGGGCUCCCGAGUCGUCGGGCCAAAUCAGAGGGUGGAGUCGCGUCUUGCACUGGUAGGCCGAAGGAAACGAACCAAGCCAGACAAAAGGGUACCGGCGAAACCGACAAACAGGCAUGGUUUCUCCAAGACCACCGUAAGUCGGAGGCUUACCCUCGCCAGCUGCAAAGAUUAGCAUUGCUCGACUGUCUCCAGAAGCACAAGCUCCCCUUUUAUCAACGAUGCCUUGUCAAGCCGACUAAACAAAUCGGAUGUACACCAUCACUUGUCCGAAGGUACAGAAAAAAAUUUCGAGUUAUCACUCCCCUUGGACGAGCACAAUUAAAGAGUCUCGAUGACUAUCUUGAAUAUGGCCCAGUUACACCAAGCCAUUCUGCAAUACCUCCUUGUCUCCCUGAACCGUAUCCAAAAUCAGUUUGUCUUCGACUGGACAGGCUCAUCAACUGCCGUCGAGAACUGCAACAGACCUCUAUUAAUGAGAAUAUGAUUGACCAACUUCACGUGCCAGCGGGCAAUUUGGACGCUGUCCUGGAGGCCUAUGAUCAACUGACGAGGCUGCUCCUACUCAGCCGGCCGCUUGACCACUCUGCCAUGGUGACUGGGGCUUCGACGACGAUGACGAGAGUCAGGCGAGAAGAGAGCAGAGAAUUGGAGGAUCGACAAUUGCUCGACAGUCUAGGCAAGUGA